ACAUCACAAAGAUUUGGGAUGGAGUCACUGUUCUUGGCAGUGGCCUCAGCCUCCUUCUCCUCCUUCUUCUCCCGAUUCUCGUCCUCCUCCUCAAUCUCCUUGUCCUUUAGAUACUCGCCCAACUCGCUCGGACUGACUGACUGAAGGAUGGACGGACGGACCGACGGACAGUCUAACUGAGUGAGUGAUUGAGUGAGUGAUUCUAGCCCUGGCCAUCCUGGCCAUCCAUCCUGGCCAUCCAUCCCACCACUUCACCAUCAACACCUUGGUCUUGUCCUCGUCCUGGAUAUCGGGUCUGGUGAGGUGAGUGUUCCUUGGGAUUGAUCGGAUCGGCCCCUCCACGUAACAACACUCAGAGCAUGAAAGAAGACCGUAUUCUGGGUGGAAGUGCGGCGGGCGGGGGGCCAGCCGCCAGCCAAACCCGCAGUCCGGGCGUGAGCAUCUCGCUAGCUUCCUCGGACUCAUCGCCACGGCGAGCCCCGGGAUUAGGCGGGCCCAAUCAUGACCUCGAGACCGAAGACGGCCAUCAUGCUCUCCAUCGACCUCAUCAUCCUCAUCCCGCCGCGCGUCAUCAUCUCCACGGGCACGGAUUGACGGGUGAGGAUGGGUCCGAGGGCGCUCACCAUCCCACCGUUCAUCACCCGCGGGGUGAGGCCGAACCAUUGCCAGAGGAAGAUGGACACCACAAUCCGGAGGCGGACCAUCGACAUGACAAUCCCCCGCUGCAAUUAGAGCCCCUGAGGCAAUUGCUGGCCGAAAGCUUAAGCUCGUGUUCCAAAGCCAAAGUGUCCACCAUCGUCGCCACCAUUGAGGACCUGAACAAAUUUGAGCGAUUGUUGCUCUACCUGGACUUACCCGCCAGUCAGCUCAUCUCUGAUCCCUUAAGACAACCCAUGAACCCUUUGGGGAGUCGAUCAGAAAUUCAAAUGACCAUCACGUGGAUCCGCACCCAUCUAGAGGAAGAUCCGCAAGUAUCGUUGCCCAAGCAUGAAGUAUACGAUGAGUACAUGGAUUAUUGUAAUGACAAUGAGCUGAAAGCAUUAUCCACGGCGGAUUUUGGCAAGGUCAUGAAGCAAGUGUACCCACAAGUCCGUCCUCGACGCUUGGGCACCCGAGGCAAUUCCCGAUAUUGUUAUGCUGGACUCAAGAAACGCGUCAAACUGGAAGAGCCUUUCACGCCCGAAUUUUCUUCGCAGGACAAUAAUCCGUCCCAGUGUGGUCCUACCAUGGGAAAUACCGACGAGAACAUGGCCGCCACAAACUUAGUCUUGGAAUGGGCGGAAAAAGUGUUUAAUGAAAAAAUUCAAAGCAUCGGCGAUCUGGCCAGUUACCUUGUGGACAACAUGCAGGUUGACAACAGGAAUGUGCCGUUGAACUUCUUAAACCCGCCUAAACGAACGCCACACACAGCCAGUGACAUGCAAGACAUUGAAAUGGAUCAUUUGAACUCUACAAAACUCGAGGAACCAGAUGAAAUAGGCAAAAAGCGACCCUCGGUGGAGUGCAAUGUGUUAAACGAAAUGCAAAGUUCCGUAAUGAACAUUGACACACAAUAUCAUGAAUCAAAGAGGAAGAAGUUUGAGUCGGAUAUGGAUUUGGAUGAGAAUAACGGUCUGUUAUCAAUCGUGGAAGGGAAAAAUUCGUUCAACUUGAGUUCCAUGAAUUGCUCGACUAAUGUGUCAUCAUGGAAUACAGACAAAAUCGUCAGAGACUCUAAACUGGGUGAAAGUGGUCUCAAACGAGACGAAGAUGAAAUCAAAGAUUACUUCAGUGAUCAAGUACUAGACGCCGAAGAAUCUUCGAACCAUGACAAACUCUCCCAAUUACGACAGCUAUUGGAAAAGAACCUGAAACCCGAUCUGAACGUGAACUCCAGUAAUAGUGCAUUUCGCCCGGCUUCUCAUGGCCACGAGAGCAAUGGGCGAAAAAUGCAGAGCUCGGACUGGAAUAGUAGCUAUCCUGUGCCUGGCGUGACCAGCACGUCCAGCUCUUCGGAUACGAUCGUUACGGCCAACGGGAGCUCUUUGUCUCAACGAAGGAGAGUGAGCUUCAAUCCGUUGGUGGUUCAAGACACGGGAUCCGCAUCGAUGGGCCAGCAAGACGGAGGCGGUGGGGUCACCACUAUUGCACUAGCCGGAGAACGGGGAACCGUUGGGCUAACUUCGUCUGGUUCCAGAGGAGAGGGAGGCAUCGUGGUGACUGGAAUGAAUAGUAACAGCAGUGCCGUUCAGCCCAGUCCCGGGACUCGGAAAAGGCACUUCAGUUUCCAGCCCAUAUCACCUCGACAAAACUCGUUGCCUCAGAGCCCAACAGCUAGUCCAUUCAUCUCACCACGUAGUACACCAGUCCCCACUCUCAUGAGGUCUCGCCAUAGUUCGGGAAGUGCUUUACCAUUGCAUUUGCUCCCGCAGGCAAGCAACAAAAUAUUCGGGUCAUCCUCGUCAGACAUAUCAAGAGCGGCUACAUUUGGUUCCACAUCGGAAUGUAGUACCCCGUUUAUUUCUCCCCAUGGAACCCCAAUUCCUUUCAAUCGUUCUCGUCAUAAUUCGGCCCAAGGCCGGUUAUGUCGAUCCAGGCAUUCAUCUGGGUUAGGAACCUAUGGGAGGUACAACAAUGCGUUCUCGCCGAUGGCGCUAAAUAAUCUAAACAACCCGUACUCGCCUCAACCCUCCACUCCAUUGGCCGUGGUCGAAGAUCCAAUGCCACUCCCUCCAACCUCAUCCAACGGGAAUGUUAUCACUCAAAACAUCAUGGGACAAUUCUUGUCCGACCACCAACGGUCACGUCAUAGCUCGGCCGAGAGUGAGCCCGCAUUGCGCACGAAUCAAGUGUUCUACGAUGAUGGUUCCAAAUCUUCAUUUGAUGGAGUGAAUAACAGUGGUGGGAAUGGUGGGGGAUUCAAUACCUUGAGUGGAACAGGAGGAGGCCGCCAUCGGCAUGCUUCGGCCGGCCAAGCCCAAACUUCGAGCUUUUUGUCCCACUCCUUUGAGAAUGACCCCUGGUGUGGUUUGGGCAAUACCGCCAAUGACACAAGUCUGAAACUAACGGGCGAGGAUCAAAGCAACAUGAUCUACUCGGAAUUGAACAAUGAGAGCACGGGUGGAGAAACCCUGCUUGACGUCCAAAACAAUUCCAUUUUUGACGAUGUCGUCUCCGGGGGCUUGGGAGAGGGAUCGAGAAAAGAUUUGAUCCCCGAUGACCUGGACAUUGCUCUUAGUGCUCUCAAAGACUGUGACACAGAUUAUUCUAAAUAUGUAGAAGACCGAGAGCAACAGCAGUCGCAUCAACAGGGUAAAUCAUCUUAAUCAACGGGGAGAAGAAGUGGACUGCAUUCGGCCACUCAAUGGUUUGGUGUUAAAGUGCAAAGAGAAGAUAUCUCAACCUUACUUUGAUUUUCGAUUUACCGUGAAAAACAUCGGUGCUUACUGGGACCAAUUAAGUCGCUUAUUAUGCGCAUAAUACACUAUGUUAUCAAUAUUUGUUUACUGAA